AAGAGGACGAAUCAAACGUUAGAAAAACGCCACGUAUGAGUUUCCUGAACCAUAGCCACUUCCUCUAAAACCACACAAUAACACCUUCCAUCGUCACCUUCCUUUGCACCACCAAUAAGGUCUCCAGACCUUCUAAUUCUCUACUCUCACUUCUCUGUCACAUUUUACUUUUAAGAUGGCGGCAUCAUCUGCAUGCCUUGUUGGGAAUGGUUUAUCUACAAGGGGUAAUAGAAUAGCUCUUAACAAGGACUUCAAUAGAAGAUAUCUUUACUCAUCUUGGAGACUUUCAUCGUUGAACAAUAACAAGGCAUCGAAAGCAUUUUCCAUAAGGGCAUCCUUGGAGGAAAGGCAACAAGAAGGGAGAAGGGGGUUUCUGAAAUUAUUGCUUGGAAAUGCGGGAGUUGGUUUUCCUGCAUUGUUGGGAAGUGGCAAAGCUUAUGCUGAUGAACAAGGGGCUUCCUCCUCCAGAAUGUCUUACUCCAGGUUUCUAGAGUAUUUGGACAAGGAUAGAGUAAAAAAAGUGGAUCUUUAUGACAACGGAACCAUUGCUGUUGUUGAGGCUGUUUCUCCUGAAUUGGGGAAUAGGGUGCAGCGUGUUAAAGUUCAACUCCCUGGACUUAACCAGGAGCUCCUUCAGAAAUUCAGGGAAAAGAAUAUUGACUUUGCAGCUCAUAGUGCCCAAGAAGAGUCAGGCUCUCUUUUGGCUAACCUGAUUGGGAAUCUGGCCUUCCCUUUGAUCUUGAUUGGAGGAUUGUUCCUUCUCUCGAGACGUUCAGGAGGAAUGGGAGGUCCUGGUGGACCAGGAUUUCCUCUUGCUUUUGGCCAAUCUAAAGCCAAGUUUCAAAUGGAACCAAACACUGGAGUGACAUUUGAUGAUGUUGCUGGGGUGGAUGAAGCCAAGCAGGACUUUAUGGAGGUGGUGGAGUUUCUGAAGAAGCCUGAGAGGUUCACUGCUGUUGGGGCUCGCAUACCUAAAGGAGUUCUUCUUGUUGGUCCUCCAGGAACUGGGAAGACCCUGUUGGCCAAGGCUAUUGCUGGUGAAGCUGGUGUUCCAUUUUUUUCAAUAUCUGGUUCUGAGUUUGUUGAGAUGUUUGUUGGUGUUGGUGCUUCUCGAGUUCGUGAUUUGUUCAAGAAGGCCAAAGAAAACGCCCCUUGCAUUGUCUUUGUUGAUGAAAUUGAUGCUGUUGGAAGACAAAGAGGAACUGGAAUUGGUGGAGGGAAUGAUGAAAGAGAGCAGACCCUCAACCAACUUUUGACAGAAAUGGAUGGUUUUGAGGGUAAUACUGGCAUCAUUGUCAUUGCAGCAACUAACAGAGCAGACAUUCUUGACUCUGCCUUAUUGAGACCUGGACGGUUUGAUAGACAGGUUACUGUUGAUGUUCCAGAUAUAAGGGGAAGGACCGAAAUCCUAAAGGUUCAUGGUAGCAAUAAAAAGUUUGAUGAUGAUGUUUCUCUUGAUGUGAUUGCCAUGAGAACGCCUGGUUUUAGUGGAGCUGAUCUUGCAAAUCUCUUGAAUGAGGCUGCCAUAUUAGCCGGUAGACGUGGAAAGACUGCAAUUUCCUCUAAAGAGAUUGAUGAUUCCAUUGAUAGGAUUGUGGCUGGAAUGGAAGGAACAGUGAUGACAGAUGGGAAGAGCAAAAGUUUAGUGGCAUAUCACGAAGUUGGUCAUGCUAUUUGUGGAACUUUAACUCCUGGUCAUGAUGCUGUGCAAAAGGUAACACUAGUUCCUCGUGGUCAAGCUCGGGGUCUUACAUGGUUCAUUCCUUCCGACGACCCAACUCUUAUCUCCAAACAACAACUCUUCGCAAGAAUUGUUGGAGGACUUGGUGGUAGGGCUGCAGAAGAAAUUAUUUUUGGUGAGCCUGAGGUUACAACUGGAGCAGCUGGUGAUUUGCAGCAAAUCACCGGUUUGGCAAAACAGAUGGUAACUACAUUUGGAAUGUCUGAUAUUGGGCCUUGGUCACUGAUGGAACCAUCAGCACAAAGUGGGGAUGUUAUCAUGAGAAUGAUGGCAAGGAACUCAAUGUCAGAGAAGCUUGCAGAAGACAUUGAUGCUGCCAUCAAGAGGAUAUCAGAUGAAGCAUAUGAAAUUGCCUUGGAACAUAUAAGGAACAACCGUGAGGCAAUGGACAAAAUUGUGGAUGUCCUUCUGGAGAAGGAGACAUUGAGUGGUGAUGAAUUCCGUGCUCUACUGUCUGAAUUUACUGAAAUUCCAGCUGAAAACCGUGUCCCUCCUUCAACUCCAGUACCAGCCACUGUUUAAAUACCUUAUAUGAAACAUCGUUAAUAUGUACUAUCUUUUAGAAUACGAAAUUCCCUCUACAGCCUGCUCCAUAUUUGUGAAUGAUUAAAGAUUCUACCUUUUUCAUUUUCCUAGUGUUUAUAAAUGACAACAGAGAGUAUAUAUUCAUAUAUAUAGGUAUGAAAGAUAAAAUGUUAAGUGUAAAA